UGCAUAUUUCAUAUGCACAAAUGUUUCGAUAUUCCGAAAACCAUGGAACGCCCCUUUUCUCUACCAAUCUUCGCAUCGCAACCCAAACCCCAAUUCUUCAAUUCCUUUCCCUUUUCCCCAACGUCGAAUUCCACCUUGAUUUUUUUCCAGAAAAUAUAACAGAAAGAUGGGGUAAGAACUUGAUCAGAUUUUUAAAAAAAGUCUUUGUUGCUCCAGAUAUUUAAUACUGAUAUCGCGAGCAAUUGGGGCGUUAAUGGGUUGCUGCGUGAUUGCUGAAUAAUUAUCGAAGGGUUUUAAGUUGAGGUUAUCGUUGGAACGAUUUAAGAGUUGCAAAUUUGUUGGUGAAUAUAAUCAGGAAUCUGAAAAUGCCGUUGUUAAAUGAAUGGUGGUCUAUUGUUUCGAGCAUCGGUUGCUAGCUCAGUCAUUACAUCAGAUGAUAUAGGCGUAGAGCCAUCGUGAGGGUUCGUUUUGAAUAGAUAGGUUUUACUGGUAAGGCGGCAUGAUAUUUUUAGAUAUACGGAAAGAAUCAUGGAUGGCUGUGGAAUUGAUCUGUGUGCGUAGACAUGGGAAGUAAGUUCUGUGAACAGACUGAUGCUGAUUAUCAGAACAGUGGAGUUAAAAGCCCGCCUAACAUAUGUGUGCUGACAGGGGAGGAAUUUUUAGAUGAAUUUUUGAGGGACCGCGUUGCAUCUAGGAGAGUGCCUGUUGCAAAUGACACCGAUCAGAUCCCCUCGAGCAAACCAGGCUAUGAUGUUGCUCAGGAUCACCUUGUUACAAGUAUUCAUGAUACUCGGAAAACAGAUGCCGAGAGUUGUCCAGAUUAUGUAGAUUUAUCUUCUGGUGAGGGGAAUGGAGUCGAUAUGAACGGAUCAAAUGCAUAUUACAAGGAAUUGCAUGUGAAUGGACAGAACCACAGAAGGUGUUCUGGGGAUUUGGAUAGAGGUAGUCCAUCUGGUCCACUUGUUUACUCAUCAGAGUCUCCUCAUUCAAAUCAGAGUUAUAGUAAGGGAUCAGAAUGUACAGACAGUUCGUUUUCAAGAAAAUUAAAACUCCUCUGCAGUUUUGGAGGAAAAAUAUUGCCAAGACCAAAUGAUGGGAAGCUUAGAUAUGUUGGUGGUGAUACAAGGAUUAUAUCUCUUGAGAAAAAUGCAACCUAUCUGGAGCUUCUGAAAAAAACAAUGGCGAUUUGUAAGUACCAUAAUACAAUCAAGUACCAACUUCCAGGUGAAGAUCUGGAUGCACUUAUAUCCGUGGCUUCUGAUGAAGAUCUUCAUCAUAUGUUUGAAGAAUAUCAUGAUCUAGAGAAAGUAUCUCAGAGACCGAGACUUUUUCUUGUUUAUUCUGGUGAUAUUGAGAGUCCGUAUUCUUCAGAAGGUAGGACUAUGCAGCAAGGUGACAGUCCAUAUGUUGCUGCUGUUAAUGGCAUGGUGGAUUCUAUCCCUCGUCGAACCUAUAGCGGAGAGCUUGGAAGCCAGUGGACAAAUAAUGUUGACAGUCCAACUCUGCAGAUGGACUCACCUACUUCUUUUCAUCAUUUAGAAUACCAGAAUGGAGGUGGUUCGUCAAAUACCACAUGGUCACUUUCUAACCCCAGCAGUCAGGUCUUCAGUAGUCCUCAAGUACCUUCUACGGCCUGUGUGGCAUCAUCUCCAUUUCCCCCUGUUCAGUUUACAUAUCCCAAUGCUUCCUACUUGAAAGGGUAUGCAGAUGCUCAUUCCUCCUGUGGAUAUACAAACAGAUUUCCUUAUGUUAUGGAGAGCACAGCAAACGACAAUCCCCAUUGUUUUGAUGCUGCUGUCUAUUACCAUAACCAGCUUGUCAAUACAUCGGCACUAUUGGAUAGCUCAAAUCAAAACAGCCAAAUGGCAUAUGAAUAUGCUACUAAUCCUUUAGUGGUCCCUCACUUUCAUAUGCCUUGUAAAGACUUUCAGCCUACUUCACCAUAUGCUCCCAGGUUUGCCAAUGCUAUGAUAGGUUUUGCGAAUGUGCCACCACAAUCCGAGAAGUUAGUCCCUUCUCAAGAUAAAUGUGGUUAUUAUCCAGUUACUGGUGUUGGUAACUCUUACUGGACAAACACCAAUCCUAUUCCUGAAUCACAGCCAACGAAUGAAGUGGGGUCAAGUAUCCCUUUAGAACAAGAGACAGAGAAUAUUUCCUGGGCUUUUGGUGCAGAAAAGUUACCAUCCCUUGAAAUGUCUGUUUCAUCUCUUCACGAAGUUGAAGGACAGAAAGCACGUGAGAAAGAUCAAGUAACCGGGAGUGAGUAUCAGGUUUUUCAUGAAAUUAUCAAUCUUGACAAGGAUUCUAUCGAAUGGGGAGGAGAUGCAAUAAUGCCGAUAAAGAAUAAUUCUGUUGGUCAGUAUAGGGAAACUUUUGCCAUUGAGAAGAAUUAUGUCUUAAAUGACGAUUAUUUGGAGCACACAAAGAAUUUGCCUCAAAUAAUCUGCCGCCCAGACUCACAAGUCUCUCUUCAUGUCCCAAAGUCUGAGUUUCAGAUGAAUGGAAGCAACAACUCUUCUUCGUCCUUUAGUUCUGCAGAAUAUCCAGCAGAUUUCUGGAGAGAGCUUUCUGGAAACUGCCAAAUAAGUCAGAACAAGCCUGAAUUUCUCAUCAAGAGCCAAACAGGACCUCAUCCAACUAACUGUGAUACAGAUUUCUAUGAUCAUCUCAUUUUCCCAGAAACUGCAGACCAUGCUCUGAAGGGAGACGUCACUUGCCAGAAGGAAAUGGUGAAGAAGUCUAACGACAUGACAAGUUCUCAUGAAUGCACGAAGAACAAAAUUACCUAUAUAAAUUCUAUGGAAGACUUGGACAUUAGAAAUGGAACCUUUGUAAACUCUCAGUACCCAAAUAAUUAUCAUAAACCUGGCAUACAGCAAAGUCCUGUUAAAGUUGAAGAUGUGGCUGGCAGCCUGCAACAUGGAAUCCCUUCCUCCUCAACAAUUUCCAUCCAGAGAUCCGAUGAAGACAGUGAAGCUGCGGAGUCCCCUGAAGAUACAUCAGGAACUGAAAGUCAUCUCUCUGAAUCUAAUGAUUAUGGUGUUGGAGUUGAUGAAAUAACUACAAGCGAAUCAAUAAGUGAAGCUGUAGUUAUUGAAAAGGAAGCCAGCAUCUAUGGUUUGCAGAUCAUAAGAAAUACUGAACUUGAAGACCUACAAGAGUUGGGAUCUGGUACCUUUGGAACUGUAUUUCAUGGAAAAUGGAGGGGGACAGAUGUUGCGAUCAAGAGAAUAAAACAGGGCUGUUUUGCUGGGAGAUCUUCUGAACAAGAAAAACUGGCCAAAGAUUUCUGGAGGGAGGCUAAAAUUCUUUCCACACUUCACCAUCCCAACAUAGUAGCAUUCUAUGGGGUGGUUCCUGAUGGGCCUGGGGGAACAUUGGCUACUGUUACCGAAUACUUGGUAAAUGGGUCACUACGACAUGUCCUCUUGAGGAAGGGUCGAGUGUUGGAUCGGCGUAGAAAGGUAAUAAUUGCAUUGGAUGCUGCUUUUGGCAUGGAAUACUUGCAUGUGAGAAACAUCGUUCAUUUCGAUUUGAAGUGUGACAACUUGCUAGUUAACUUGGGCGAUCCUCGCAGGCCUGUGUGCAAGGUUGGUGAUUUUGGACUAUCAAGAAUCAAGCGGAAUACUUUCGUUUCAGGAGGUGUUCGAGGAACACUUCCUUGGAUGGCUCCAGAAUUACUAAAUGGAAACAGUAGUCAGGUUUCUGAGAAAGUAGAUGUUUUCUCCUUUGGCGUCACACUGUGGGAGAUUUUGACAGGAGAAGAACCUUAUGUGAAUAUGCGCUGUGGUGCUAUCAUAGGUGGAAUUUUGAGCGACUCACUGAGGCCACCAGUGCCAGAACGAUGUGAUCCAGAGUGGAGAAUGCUGAUGGAACAAUGCUGGUCGCAUGAUCCUGAAGCAAGGCCGCCGUUUUCGGAGAUAACAAAGAGACUGCAAGGUAUGUCUAAGGGUAUCCUACCAAAGAGAGUGAAUGGAGUUGAGAGAUGAAUAAGAUGGCAUAAAUCAUGCAAGAUGUUUCUCUUCAUUUUCUGAGGGCCUUCAUUCCCUGAGCUGUUGUAUAGCUAUCUUUUUAUGUACAGAUCCUUCUCAGCUUCCUCUUUGGAAGUUUGCAUGUUAACAAAUCUUGAAGAAGAGCUUGCUUUAUUGAGUUAAAAUGCUUGCGUUUUUUGGUUA